GAUAUAUAAGAGCCGUAUUACUUGUCAGAAGGAAGGGAGAAAAGGGGUACUCCAGAGCCAGAUGCAAGUGUGGAAUUGUUGCAUGCACCCUUCUUGCUAACACAGGCGUGCUGCUUCACUUAGCUCCUUGACCACUAAAAGAAAGUUUGGAAGCAAAGAUGUGCAACCUAAAGCUGUCGGUUUUCUUCAUUGCACUUUCUGUCACUCUGAGCUGUUUGGAAUCUACACCUAUUGAGAAAUUACUAUCUGUGGCUGAUGAUCUAUCUGAUGGUAAUUCCAAGAGACAAGGAUGGAUAUUGCCAGUAAUGUCACAGAAUACACUCUCAGGACUUAGUGAGGAAAUGCCAGAACAACCAGCAGCAAAGACAAAAAGUAGUCACCAUCUGGAGAAACGGAAAUGCAACACCGCUACAUGCGUGACACAACGCUUGGCUGACUUUUUAGUUCGUUCCAGCAACAACAUCGGAGCAAUUUAUUCACCUACGAAUGUGGGGUCCAAUACAUAUGGAAAGAGGGACACAGCUGGGCUUUUAAGGAGAGACCCCUAAAACAAUGCACAGCUUCAGGGUGUUAAAAUGACUACUGAUACAGUUUUCAUUAGGAGCUCAGUUUUUAAUGUAUCAAUAACCUCUUGGUCAUUUAUUACUUGUACAGUCUUAACAGUGCCUUGUUUUCUGUGUGUGCGUGUGUAUGGGUAUGUGAUUUAUGUUCAUCAUUUCACUAUGCAUGUACAAUGACAUGCAUAGGCUAUUGUUUCAACUCCAUUAAGAACUCCAGAAAUCUGCUUGUCAAAUUCCUUUGUAAAAAAAUAAAUAUAUAUAUCACAAUAAUAAAUGGAAAAGU